AAACAAGCAUGCAAUGGCGGAAGUGAAUGAAUAUGUAGCAUGUAAUCAAAAACAAGUGUUUUAUCACAAAGAUACAUUGGUGCUAAGAAGGAUACAGACUGGUUGACCAUUGACCAGUGUCAGACAGAUCCAGAACAAUGGAAGAAUUCAAAAUAUUUGAAGCCGCAAGCGCAAACAAUAUUGAGUAUGUGAGAGAAGCCUUAGCAGGAGAACACGGAAGUGUGGACAGUGAAGAUGUCGGUCUAGCUUUAAUCAGAGCAGCUACAAAUGGUCAUGAAGAAUGUGUUAGGUUGUUGUUGAAUCACAGUGCUAACGUUAAUGCCACAAAUGGUGCAGAGGACACUGCUCUGAGUACUGCUGCAGAAAGCGGGCACUUCAGCAUUGUGCGACUCGUUUUAGAUAAAGGUUGUGAUCUCAAUCACCAGAACGCAAGCGGCUAUACGGCUUUAAUGAAAGCUUGCGAAAACGGGCAUGUUGAAGUGGUUGACUUUCUGUUGAAGUCCGGUGCAAAAGAUGUGUCUGAAGAUGUUUCUGAAGAACAUGCGGGAGUCCCAAACGGAGUCCCAAGACUUCCUAAGUACAUGCCACAUGGUUAUUCUUCUCUGAUGGUCACUGUGUUGAAACAGCCUGAACAUUUUAAAAAGAUUCUGAGAUUGUUACUGGAUGAUGGUAUGAACGUGAAUGAAAUUGAUCUUCAAGAUAUGACUGUUCUUCAUCAUGCAGCAAAUAAAUGUACCGAAGAUGUGAUUGAAAUGCUCCUAGAAGCUGGGGCGAAAGUGAACACGAAAGAUGUUUGGGGGGUUACACCUCUUAUGUCAGCCGCUGCUUAUUGCAAAAUCAACAAUGUGAAAAUAAUGUUAAAGUAUGGAGCAGAUGUAAGCUUAUUUUGUAAGGCCAAAAGAACUGCCCUUUCUAUUGCUGCAAGAACUGGCUCAGGGGAACUAAUUCAGACAUUACUGGAAGCUGGGGCAGAUCCUAACUUCAAGAAUGCUCAUGGUCAUACCCCAGUCUUUAUUGCUCUUGUUCACAAUAACUACGCAGGUGUCAAGUGCUUGAUCCAGGCAGGUUGUGACCUUGAAACACCGUGUCGUGAUCUGUCAUCGCUUCAACCAAUGUCGUGUUGUCAAUAUGCUUUGCACAGGAAAAAUGUAAAGCUGUUGAAGAUGUUGUACCUUGCAGGUGCAUUCACUUACAAGACUCUUUACGAGGCAGCUUUGGACCAGCAGUUGAAGCACGAUUCUUCAGAUAACCCUGAUUUCUUUCAUGAACUGAACACCCUUGCAUUGAACCCAAGGUCCCUACGCCAUACGUGUAGGAUUUUUAUCAACAAAAAUCUCGGUGCCAGAUUUCCUAAAUGCCUUCCGAAAUUGGCUCUUCCAACGCCACUGUUUGACUUUCUUUGCUACUCAGACAUGAAUUCUUAUACAGAUUAAAACUUUUCUGUGUGGAAAAUGGCAGGACUUGUAGAGUGCUUACUUUGUAUAAUAUCAACAGUCUUCCAGAAGUUUGCAUUUAAGUUGUUCUUGGUGAGUUAUCAUCAGUAUUUGUUAUGCUUUUAAUCAGGUUUGCUUCAUGGCUUAUUAAAAAAUACUCAGAUUUUAAAUUUGAUGGACAAGAAAUAUUUAUAAAAUGAAUGUUUUCUUUUAAAAUGUUGGUGUUUAAAGCAAUUAUAUGUGAUUUUAAUGUCAAAAUUAUGUUCUCACAAUCUUAAACCAACAUAUGAAGGUAUGUUAAAUUAAAUAUAGUAACAAUCUUGAUAUUUUAAUUAAAUACUAUUUAAGUUG